GCAUGUCCAAAACAGGACAGGCUUCCUUCGGAGCGGACGCGUAUUUCCUGGCUUCUUGGAGUUAUCGCUACGUUUUAGUGUUGUAUUGCAAAUUGCAAGAUGGUAGCCGUCGUAUAGAGUCGUUUAUUUUAAGGCCGUAAACCGAAUUGACAAUCCGUGGUUUUCUGACCACCCACUAUCUCUGGCUUAGCGAAUAUUCUGUCAAUAAGUCAAAUCGAUUUGUAAACAUUGCCGCCUUCUUUUAUUUUCCCGACCGUCCCUGAAGGCAACGUAUGAGCUAAAAAGGAGUUGAGGAAGAGUGUAGCAGCGUGGAUAUGUCGGACCCGGCGGCACAGGCCUUGCAACCCCGGCUUCUCCAAGCCCAGUCUGCUGGGUCGGCUGGGUCCAGUACGACCGCGACCAGCUCCGGGUCACUUCAUAGUGAUCCGGCAAGACCGGGACUGAGCCAGCAACAGCGUGCAAGCCAGAAGAAGGCCCAAGUUCGGUCUUUUCCACGGGCGAAAAAGCUCGAGAAACUUGGCGUAUUCUCCGCAUGCAAGGCUAGUGACACAUGCAAGUGCAAUGGAUGGAAAAACCCGAACCCACCGUCAGCCCCUCGUAUGGACCUGCAACAGCAAGCGGCCAGUCUGAGCGAGCCGUGCCGCAGCUGUGGACAUGCUCUGGCUGAUCACGUGUCCCACUUGGAGAAUGUCUCAGAGGAUGAGAUUAAUAGACUGCUGGGCAUGGUCGUAGAUGUGGAGAACCUCUUUAUGUCAGUGCACAAAGAGGAGGACACUGAUACCAAACAGGUCUACUUCUACCUUUUCAAGCUGCUGAGGAAAUGCAUCCUACAGAUGAGUCAGCCGGUUGUAGAGGGGUCCCUUGGAAGUCCACCUUUUGAAAGGCCUAACAUUGAGCAGGGGGUGUUGAAUUUCGUUCAGUAUAAGUUCAGUCACCUGGCACCAAAGGAAAGGCAGACCAUGUUUGAGCUGUCGAAGAUGUUUCUGUUGUGCCUGAACUACUGGAAGCUGGAGACACCAACGCAGUAUCGCCAGCGCACCCAGAAAGACGAUGGGACAGCUUACAAAGUAGACUAUACCAGGUGGUUGUGCUACUGUCAUGUCCCCCAGAGUAACGACAGCCUGCCACGCUACGAAACAACACAGGUGUUCGGCCGCAGUUUACUCAAGUCCAUCUUUAGUGUGACGCGACGCCAACUGCUGGAGAAAUUCAGAGUGGAGAAGGAUAAACUGCUGCCAGAGAAACGCACACUCAUCCUGACACAUUUCCCCAAGUUUCUCUCGAUGUUGGAGGAGGAAAUAUAUGGGGAGAAUUCGCCCAUCUGGGAGGCUGACUUUACUAUGCCUGCCUCAGACGGCACACAGCUGGGGCAUCAAACAGUGAUCAGUCCUGCUGCUGUGUCAGGCUCUCCAGCUCUGUCUAAAGGUCUGAGCAGCGUCGCAUCUCUGAACAGUGGGGACACUAGAGGAGCAGAGCCCAUGACAGGGGAGAAACGCAAACUUCCGGAGGCGUUGACCCUCGAAGAUGCCAAGCGGAUACGUGUGAUGGGGGACAUUCCCAUGGAGCUGGUCAAUGAAGUCAUGAUGACAAUCACUGACCCUGCUGCUAUGCUCGGACCAGAGACUAACCUACUGACGCCAAACGCUGCCCGUGAUGAGACCGCCAGACUGGAGGAGAGGCGUGGCAUCAUAGAGUUCCAUGUCAUUGGAAACUCGCUUUCCCAGAAGUCCAACAAAAAGAUUCUGAUGUGGCUGGUCGGCCUGCAGAACGUCUUUUCUCACCAGUUGCCUCGCAUGCCCAAAGAGUACAUCACACGAUUGGUGUUUGACCCGAAGCACAAGACACUAGCCCUUAUCAAAGACGGCCGUGUCAUCGGAGGCAUCUGUUUUAGGAUGUUCCCUACUCAGGGCUUCACAGAGAUUGUCUUCUGUGCCGUCACAUCCAAUGAGCAAGUGAAAGGCUACGGUACCCAUCUGAUGAACCACCUGAAAGAGUACCACAUCAAACACAACAUACUCUAUUUCCUCACGUACGCUGACGAGUAUGCCAUCGGCUACUUCAAGAAGCAGGGCUUUUCCAAAGAUAUCAAAGUGCCGAAGAGUCGAUACCUGGGAUACAUCAAAGACUAUGAAGGAGCGACUCUUAUGGAGUGUGAGCUGAACCCUAGAAUCCCUUACACUGAGCUCUCUCAUAUCAUUAAAAGACAGAAGGAGAUCAUCAAGAAGCUGAUUGAGAGAAAACAGAAUCAGAUCAGGAAGGUUUAUCCUGGUCUCACCUGCUUCAAAGAGGGAGUACGACAGAUCCCAGUGGAGAGUAUCCCAGGCAUCAGAGAGACAGGCUGGAAGCCCAGUAACAAGGACAAAGGGAAAGAGGUGAAAGACCCUGACGUAUUGUACAAUAUGCUGAAGAACCUUUUGGCCCAGAUCAAAACUCAUCCUGAUGCCUGGCCCUUCAUGGAACCAGUGAAGAAAUCAGAGGCUCCAGAUUACUACGAGAUCAUCCGCUUUCCAAUUGACCUGAAAACCAUGACAGAGAGACUAAAGAACAAAUACUAUGUGACCAAGAAGCUUUUUAUUGCCGACCUACAGCGAAUAAUCACCAACUGUCGUGAGUACAACCCUCCAGACAGCGAGUACUGCAAGUGUGCCAACACCUUGGAGAAAUUCUUCUACUUUAAAUUAAAAGACGGCGGCUUGAUAGAGAAAUGAAGUCGGCCACAGAUUUACUUACAGAUUCCCUAACAGACAGGCAGCAGCUGUCAUUGCUGCCACACACCAUGACAGAGCGGAUCAUGAAGAAACUACUGAUGGCUGUGUUGUAUCCAAGUUAACUUGACUGACGAAUAUUACAAGGAAACCGUUGGACUGUCUAGAAACAUCAGUGUUUUGAGCAUUACAAAAGGACAUUACCAUUACGCUUAAAGUUAACGUCUAGGUUGUCUGCUGCUCCGAGUGAGGUAACGGUCUGUAUAAACGUUUCAUUAGGCAAACCAAAGCUAUAGCUCCAAGUUCUAACAACACCUUCAACCAUUAUUUAUUGGUUCAUUCCAUUUUGUUUGUUACUCGGGCAGAAGUACUUAUAGCGUAGAGUUCUGCCACAGAAAAUCGGACCUCGGGACCUAAAGCCACGUUGCCUUCUGUUACUGAGAGACACUUGAACAUCUCGGCCAUUGACAUGGGUGUUAGAGAAAAUAUUCUUUGAAGUCCCCAAGAUUUUAAUGAAAGAUGAGCAGUACUCUGAAGAGCGCUAAGUCAACACUGAAGGAGUUGGCCCAGACCAAUACAGUGAUUAGGAUACUUAAAAUAGGGGCUCUGUGACAUUAUUCAUAUUCUUUUAUUCACAAAAGAUUAAUUAUCAUAACAUACUUGUAGAUAAACCGAUAAUUUACCUAUUGGUUGCGUUCCUAAAUUCACGCAGUAGAAACCUCUAGUGACUGACUGGAUAUUAAAUAUUUCUAGCACUUGUGUACUAAAUGCACAUUUUCCCUAGGUGAUGCCUUCAAGAAAAGUUUCCACAUUCACAACCACAUAAUCUGCUUAUAUGAACGUUUACUAUAACAUACUGUCAUGCUUGCAGGUGAUACUGUAGUUGUUGGCAUAGGUUUUUCUUUCCAGUACUAGUCACUUCUACACAUUUGCUAAAUAGUGCGUUUGGUGUGUGUACAGCCACAUUUAUUGUGGUAGCGUCACAGAUUUCAUUUAUGUUGUUUAAGAACAGUUCAGUGCUUCCACAUCCUUUAUGGGAAGUGACUGUCCAGUGCUGGUUAAAUGACUCACUUCCUUGUGUGAUGUAUGUAUCCAUGUAUGUAUGUUUUUGUGGGUGAGUGGAUGUUUAUUUUGUACUUGAAGCGUGACUAGCUUUGAAUUACUGAAGUGAUGUCAAUCUUGCAUUAUUCGGGGUUGUCAGUUGCGUAAUUCUCCCUCAAUCUGCCUAUGCUGCAUUUCAAAUUUUCUUAACACAAAAAGUUAAGUUUGUGAAUUUUCCACCUGUUUGGAUGACGGCUACUGUUAAAUGCCAUUUACUGUAACUGUAAUACAUGACAAUAAAGGUUUUUAAUAAAGUA